UUUGAACGAUUGAGGACACGCCCAAAUUAAUGAAGAUGGAAAGGGUCAAUUCAUGCGGGAUAUCAGCUGCACACAACUGCUGGCACCUGACAAAUCAAUUCCGAUGAACCCUGCGCCGCGUAAAUCUCAGUGGAUUACAUCAAUGUUACCAUCUUCACAAACGGAUGAGAUAUCUCAUAUUGAGCCAUCUCAAUUAUGUUACUUAUCGGAGUCAUAAGAAGGACUCAAUGGACACCAAUAAGGCGAAAUAUCUCUAGUCUCCGAAAUGUAACGUACCGUAAUCUGCAAUUGAAGCAAACUAUUCGGAUCUCAGGCUUGAGAUUCGAAUCAACCACGCCUAAGUCAAGUACACAGGCUUCACAAACCACACCAAAACCAUCGACUAAAUUCGCAUACCCAGAGCGAUUAUGCGUAUACCACGCGGGCACAGGCAAAGUUACAUUCCUAGCCUGUCUCAAGAUCUCCACGCUCUUCAUAUUCGUCUUCUUCGGCUUCGUAGUAACACCCGCAUACUAUGACCGCGAAGGCUUCUCACCAACUGUCCUUCGGACAACCCUCUCCGCCCUAAUCCCCCUACUCUACGUAGCAUACACAACCACCCCCUUCGUAUCAUUCAUCCACAUGCGUCUACCCCCCUUCGCGCGACAAUCCGAAGACAUGCUCCGACGGUACAUCCGGAGUCUAUCCCAACCACAAACCCAAACCCAAAAACCCACAUCCACCCCUAACCUCGAAAUCACAACCAUGAGUUUCAUCGCCAAACCCCGCAUCAGCGUCGUCAACAUCUCGGAGUUACGCCCGACGAAGCAGCGCAUGGGUAUCGUGAACUUAGUCCGCGAUACAACAUCUGAGAAUGCGACGAGGCCUUGGUAUAAAUUCCGCGCGGUCGGCGCGUUUAAUGCCCAGGGGAACACGGUGAAGCGCGUGCCUUGGGUUUGGGAGAGUAUUUUGGGUAUGGUUGAGAAGCAGCGGGUUUAAGAUCGCUGGGCGCGCUUCUCACUUUUGGUUUACGAUUUACGCGGGACGCGUCCGGGUUUACCUUUCGAACCUCCGUGUUAGUUACUCGGGUAUUUAUUCUCCUAUCAUAGGUACGGAGCGUACCAAACUCGUCGCGCGAUUGUGUAUAUUAAGCCUACACGAAGAGUAUCCGUGUACG